AUGGCUGCCGCCGACGGUCCUGCCGCCGCCCCCGCUGCUCGGCGGCGUGCGCCGCUGGCGCUGGACAGCGACAGGGACUUCGCGGGGUUCGUGGGCCGGAUGAUCCAGGGCUCCGCGCGGGAGCGCUUCUCCGACGACCAGCUCGACCUCGCCUCCACGAGGGCGGCGCACCGGCGCGUGCACCUGGCGCUGCGGGAGUGCCGCAACGAGAAGGACGGUCUAGAUAUCACGUGUUGGUGUCGCGAGGCUUGCGGGGACGAGUACAGGGGGCUCGCAGCCUGCAUGCGCGACGCGCCCGCGGAGCCCGCGGACCGGCCGCGCUGCGGGCCAGAGUGCGAGGCGCUGUCGCGCUGCGUGCGCGGCGAGUGGCGGCAGCUCCUCCUCGCCAUCUCCCCGGGGCCCGGCCCCGAGGACGCCCGGGAGCGCCGGCUGGGCGACCUGUGA